GAACGCACCGGAAGUAGUUUUUCUGCGCAUGAUGGCGGCUUAGACAGAAAAUCGUGUUGGGUGAAUGUUAAAAUUGAAGAUUUCUUCAAGAUUUCAAGACAUUUCAAAUAGCAGAAACUUGAACAAUGCCUGCAAAGCGGAAGGCAUCUGCUGAGAAAAAGGGGGCAGCUAAGGAACCAGAAGUUGGGACCCGACGAUCAACUCGGGGUGCUUCAGCUACCUCAGACAAUAAAUCAGCUGCUGGAACCAAGAGGAAGGCAAGUCCAAGCCCUACACCAGCUCCAAAGAAAGCAGCAUCUGCAAAGAAAGGAAGGACAAAAAGCCCAAGUCCGGCACCAGAAAUUAGGCCAUCAAGAAGUAGGUCGGUUAGUACCAAGAAACCAGAACCAAAGCAGGAAGUAAAACCAGCAGCAAAACCACCAAGUAGAAGUGCCAGUAACCAAAAAGGAAGAGUAACUAGAAAUGUUGUGCAGGAAGUAGAGAAGAGACCAGCAGAAACAAAAUCAAGAAGUUCGUCAAGAGGAGCAAAAGCACCUGCAACACCCAAGAACUCUGCAACUCCAAAAAGUAAAGCUGUGACACCAAGUCCAAAAGUUGCAACUCCAAAGAAAAAAGCUGAAACUCCUAAAGAAAAGGCUACACCACGUGGACGUUCUGCCACCCCAAAACAAGCUAAAGCAACUCCCAAGCAAGCUACAGUCACCCCUAAACAGAAGUCGACACCUAAGCAAAGGACCACUCCCAAACAACGGCAGCAAACCCCUAAAAAAAAGUCAGAACCAGCAUCAAAGAAAGAAACACCAAAAUCUACUUCAAAGAAGAAAAACAAGCCAGAGUCUCCCCCUAAAACCUCAAGGUCUAGGCGGUCAAAAAAUGAAGAACCAGCUGAGAAAGAGGAAGAGGAUGUUGAAGAUAAACAUGCUACAGUUGAAGAUUCAGAUCAAGCUGAAAUGGAAGUUGAAGAUAAACCAUUAAAAGAGGAAAAGCCAGUUGAAGAUGCAAAAGGAGUUGUUGAAGAAAGCACAACUUCUGAAGAAACAACAGUUGUAGCAUCAAAUGAACCUACUCUUAACACAGAUCAAACUGAGGAAGAGAAAGGAACUGUUGAAAAUAAGGAAGAGAAAAAAGAAGAGACAGAGACUGAGAAAGGAGCUGAAAAAGAGAGGACAGGAGAUACUAUUGAGCAAGAAGAUAGAAAUAAAGAAGACGACCAGGUCCAAGAGAAGGAACAACUGGAAAUUGAAGAAGAAACUGAAGAAAAUGCUGAAGCAAAAGAAGAAGAAAGUCCAGAUGUGGUAGAAGAAGAAAUGGAGACAGAUGCUAAGGAUGAAACGAAACAGUCUGCUGUAGAGGCAAAUGAAAUUGAAGAAAGUGAGGAUGUAACAGCUGAUGAACAGAUUGAUGACUCACAUGCAGUAAAAGAGUCUGCAGAUGAUGUUAAUUUAGUGACGGUUGAAAAUGAAAAUAAAGUAGAGGAGAGUGUUGAAAAACAGUCAACUGAGGUAUCUGCCACUAUGCAGCCAAGUAAGGAAAAUUCAGUAGAGACAAAUGAAGACAUUGCUGAACAAACCUCAGUUGAUUUAGUUGAAAGUGAUUCUAGUGAAGGGGUUAAGGCAAAUGAAGGCAUUGCUAAAGAAACCACUGCAGAUUUAGUUGAAAAUGAUUCUAGUGAAGGAGUUGAGGCAAAUGAAGGUGUUGUUGAAGAGACCUCUGUCGAUUUAGUUGAAAAUGAUUCUGAUGAAGGAGCUGAAGCAAAAGAAGGAGUUACUGAGGAAACCUCUGUUGAUUUAGUUGAAGAUGUUUCUAAUGAAGGAGUUGAGGCAAAUAAAGGUGUUGUUGAAGAAAACCCUGUUGAUUUGGUUGAAAGUGAUUCUAAUGAAGGAAUUGAAAUUAUUAGUGAACCAUCUGAAGAAUUGUCUCAAAAAGUAACUGAAUUAAAUGAGGAUUCUGGGGAAGCUAUAAUCACACAAGAAGAACCAGCUGUUGUUAAUGAUUUGACAAAUGCUGAUGUUGGGAAUGGAAGUGGUGAUCAAGAAUUACCGAAAAAAGUUGCACUAGUUGAGGAAAUUUCUGAUGAUGAUAUUGAAGAAAUAGACACAAAACAGAAUAAUUUACAAGGUAAUGGAGCAGCUAGUGAUGAAAUUGAAGUAAUUGAAUUUGUUGACCAAGAAGAUAAAUAUGUUGAAAACUGUCCAACUAAAAGAAAAAUUGAUGAGGUUGAAAACCAAGAGGAGGAUAACACUUCACCUCUAAAAAAAGCAAAAGUAUCAACAGAGGAAGAAAUUCAGGAAAAUGGUUCUGGUUUACAGGAAGAUGUGGCAAAAGAGUAUGUUGUAAUUGAAAUGGGUGACGUCCCAGCACCUGAUAGUACAGAAGUUCAGACCAGUCUUCCUAAUCCUAUAUUUAACCGUUCAUUCAUCCCAAAUCCAACAUUUAGUGGUUCAUCGGACAAUUCAAAGCAGUUUUCUAUUGUCAGUUAUAAUAUAUUAGCGGACUGCCAUUUGUUUAGGAAUGACUAUAGUUUUACUGAAACAAAGUAUUUACAGCCUGAGUACAGAUUAAAGAAUGUGAUAGAGGAACUCAGACAUCUUGAUGCAGAUGUGGUGUGUCUACAGGAAGUGGAUCCCAAGUUCUUUGUUGAUCAGUUGUUGCCUGCUAUGAGAAGCCAUGGGUAUGAGGGAGUACACAAGCAACGAGAAGGGGAAUACUUUAAUGAAGGGGAGGCAACUUUCUUCAAGAUUGACAGAUUUACUGUUGUGGAGACCGAAGCAUCAACUUUUUCACAGUUACUGGAAAAGGAAUUGGAUGGAAUAGACCCAGACAUACAAGAAGCUGUGAGAAAGUAUACAAAUUUACCUGAUGUUGUAAUUGUAACCAAACUGCAGUGUAAAAAUACUGGUCGUGAGGUGACAAUUGGCAAUGUUCAUAUACACUGGGGAGAAAUGAAAAUGCCAGACGCACAGUGUGUACAGAUAACUAGUGCUGUCAAAGAAGUUGAUAGGAUUGCUAGUGCUGUCAAGGAGAUAGUAUCCAAGGCAAGUGGUGACAACUUUCCUCACAUAAUCUGCGGGGACUUUAACUCACCGCCAAUGAGUGCUGGCUACCUGGUAGCAAGAGAUGGUUAUCCAAGUGGAGACGAAACUAUAAAUAACAUGAUGAAGAUUGAAGGACUGGAAAUGCCAGAGGGAAAGAAAGCAUCGUUGGUGAACUCUUUAUGGCCAGCCUUCCAGCAUACAUCAUCCUCAUUGAGAAGUGCAUAUAGUGAAGCCCAGGGUUAUGAGCCAGAGAUCUCGUCAUAUAAUUGUGUGAUGUGUGACACGGUUGAUUACAUCUUCUACAGCUCCAUGUCUCUGGAGAAUGUGGGUGUGCUCCAGACUGCCAGCAAGGAGAGAGUCAUGGAGACGGGCGGUAUACCAAACCAGAAUUUCCCAUCAGAUCAUGUAUCCAUCAAGGCUGUCCUCGCAUUCAAAUAAUUGAACAAGUUUGAAACAUCAGAAGACUUCAGGAAAAAGCAACAUAGUAAAAGGAUCUCAGUCAGAAUAAACUAAGUGUUGUAUUACAUGGUAUUAACAGGCAUGCGUUUACCACUUUUCUUCACAUGUUUUUACAAGUGAAAAGCAGCAGGGUUUAGGUGUAGAAAAAUAUUCUUUGUGACAUAGUGGUAUUUUUCUAGCCAUUAAAAUGAACAUUUGCUUUCCAUAUUCUGUUAAUGUUGCAUUGUUCAUAAUCAUUUCUUUUGUCAGUUCAUAUGUUUUGAAAAUAUUUUGCCAGCAUUUAAAAUGAAAGAUUCUUUGUGUGGAAUCCAUUUGGAAACUAUUUUCACAUUGUGAAUACUGAAAGAUGUUAAUAGAUGUUAAUUAAUGUGUACAUGUACUUAAAAUGGUCCACAUGUUAUUGUAAAAACUAAUAAUCUAUAUAAACAGAAGUUUCCUUCUAUAUUAUUGACAUACAGAUUUAGUAGAUUGGAGUGGGUGGGGGUCUCCGUGACUGAGUGGUUAAGGUCGCUGAUUUCAAAACGCCCCUCAUCGAUGUGGGUCGAGCCACACUUUGGGCAUAUAAUUCUUCGUGUGUGGAAGCAAUCCGGCUGACUUUCAGAAGUUGGGUGGUUUUACCUAGAAGCCUGCCCAUGAUGAAUAAUGCCUGGACGGGCGCCUAAGAUCUUAUUCACUAAAAGCUGGAAAGUCGCCGUAUGACCUAUAAUUGUGCCGGUGUGAUGUAAGUCCAACAAAAACAAAAAUUGGGUAAAAUUCCUUAAACACAUGCCAUAGUUUUAGCAAUAGAAUAAUGUUGAAUCGAUUAAAAAAAUCUGCUUUCGAUUUGUAAAAAAUUCAGCAGAUAGUGCUAUAUUCAUAUUGAAACACAGAGAGCAACCUCUUUGUGAAAGUCUUGCAGCUAUACCUUAUGUAAUGAAAUAAUAUACAUGUAUAUAGUUAAAUUAAAUUCCAUUUCAUCUUGUACCUAAGAUUCCUUCUUUGCCAUAUUUAGUCCUAGGUUUUUGUUUUGCUUUCACUGAAAUAUUUCUUGUGAGUAAAUGUUGUAUGUUGGUAUAUUUUAACUCUGCAAAAUUAGUUUAUUAGUUUCUUGUUCUCAAUUUUUAACACACUGAGCCCAUACAACAUAAGGAAAUGCUUGCUGUCAUCCCAUACAUGUAUAUGCUGACAGUAUGCCUGGUGGAAUAAAUUGUAAAUAAGUAAAAUUGUAGUACAUCAAAUAUAUGUACACUUCCUAGUUAAAAAUUGACAUUGUAGGAAUAGAAAGGGCAAUAGUUCAUGUUUUAAUUGUUAAAUGAGCUGUUCCAUGAGAAAACCAACAUAGUGCGUUUGUGACCAGCAUGGAUCCAGACCAGCCUGCGCAUCUGCGCAGUCUGUUCAGGAUCCAU